GGCAAGGCUUAGAAGAUCACCAAGGUGAGUCCUGCAACCAUUGAUAUGAUAAGAUGUCUUCAAUGUCUUGUGCUAUAUUAGUAGGAGUGUCCUGGCACGCACAUGAAUUUUUAUGGUAAUGUUGAAUUAACAUGAACUAGAUCUGUAAAAUCAAUUUGUGGUGUUCCUGUUGCUAUUCAAAAUAGAUAUGCACAUCUGCACAAAUGUGAACACAUAUGCUAAUUUGUUUAUAUUGAAAUCUGAUGAGAAAAUAUGGAUAAAUUAUGAUCUGCUUUGUGGAGAUAUGCCCAGAUGUUUGUAGGGGCAUAAAUACAGUAAUAUAGAUACUGCAACAGCCAAAAGAGGUGCUGGAGGAAGCUGUCCACAAGAAAAACAAGUGCAUACAGACCAGCAGUCCAAAGAGCCUUACAUGACCAACCAGCAGGUGGAGAUGAUACUUCAAGCCAUCACGAAAAAUCGUGUGGCAGCGGAGCGAAGAGUCAUGGAAAUGGAACAGAAAGUUUGUUAAAAAAUUCUAACCCUUGAAGAAGAAUUGGCAGAUAUCAGAAUGGAACGGACUCUCCCAUCUAAGUUAUGUUCCAUUGAAAAUGAUAUAUCCAAUAUUAGAAGUGAAUUGAAGGAUAUUAAUUCUGCAUUGCUCAGCAACAAAACUAAUGCAUCCUAGGAUGAAAGAAACAUACCCCAUGCCGAAGAUGGAGGAAUGGCAGCCAAGCACCCUAUUAACUCCUUUCAACAAUUGAAGGUCCAUACAGAGACGCCUGAAUCUACAUCUGUACCACGAAACAUUGAAACUGAUAUAUCCAAUAUUAGAAGGGAAUUGAAGGAUAUUAAUUCUGCAUUGCUCAGCAACAAAAUUCAUGCACCCCAGGAUGAAAGGAACAUAUCCCAUGCUGAAGAUGGAGGAAUGGCAGCCAAGCACCCUAUUAAUUCCUUUCAACAAUCGAAGGUCCAUACAGAGAUGCCUGAAUCUACACCUGUAGCACAAAGCAUUGAAAAUUUGCAGCCAAGCAUGAAAGACUGUGGCUCCACAGGAGAUAGGUCAAUGUUAGCAAGCAAAACACUUCUGCGCAAGACCGGUGGUCGUGACAUAUAUGCUCAUCACUCACUCCAAUAUUUAUACACCAAUGACAAGCACAUAAAUGAGUCAAUCGAAUAUUUUGAUUUCAAGUAUGAUUACGUCCUGACAGAGGAAGAUAAAGAGGCACUGCAUUUUAUCACGCACAGUUAUCAAUAUGCCGUAGUUGUUGACAUUGCAGUUAUUCUUCUAACAGUAAAGUUCUUAGAACCACAUGUCAAGGAUGGAUGGUUACUGGACGCGGUCAUUGAUGCAUAUGCAUACAUUGCUAAUAUCGAAGAUUCCUUUACAUCAGUCAUUACAACUACCCAAAGCCAAGAUUUAUCAGGGGACCGCGGAGAUUUUGACCCUAAACAGGAAAGGGCAUGGAUUGCUAGAAUUGGCCAUCAUUGUGCAACAUGCCGAAUGGUUUUUGUCCCAUUUAAUUUGUGGGGAUGCCAUUGGUGCUUAUUGGUGGUUAAUAACACCAAAAAAGAGAUCCAGAUUCUGAACUCCUUAGCUGGUGUACCACACUUCCGCGAUGAGAAGAAGGAAAUAACUAUGGUGAAGAACCUACAAGCAUGUAUUGAGGCAGCGGUUGAAGCUGGUUUCGUAACACCUACAGAAUCUAUCGACCUUAAUGCAUGGGAAAGAGUGCCAUACACUAACAUACCCCAACAAAAUGAUAGCAAGUCUUGUGGUGUCUAUGUUAUCAAAUAUAUGUUGGAAUGGAACAGAAUUCAAAUGUGUAACAAUUUCACACAGGUGCAUGCAUUGCUAUAGUUUAUACCCAUUUCUAACUUCAUUAGUACAAAUACAACCUUU